AUGGGGUUGAUGACACUGUUAUCUCAGUUCCUUGUGAUUGGAGGGCUGGUUGGAGGUGUCUGCUUGAAUUUGGCAGUGAUCACCAAUUGUGAAUUUAUGCGACAGAAUGUCCCUGAUGAUGCUUCCUACAAAGUGAGACUAGGAGUCUUUCGAUACUCUGUCUUCAUCAACAACGGUCCUACUUCGUCUCCUAUUGGUAAUCCAAGUCCUUCCCAAGGACCAGUAGCAGUUGGACUUCCCACAGAGGCGCCAACGACACCCAUGCCUUCCAUGAGCCCUUCCUUGUUGCCUUCCAUGAGACCCUCCCAGAUGCCUUCGGAACAUCCCAGCCAAGUUCCCAGUGCUCGACUCACGGAUGUUCCAUCGGCUGGAAUCUUCACUCCCGUUCCAACAGGAAAUCUAUUUACUACACCCGAGCCAACAGGGGAUAUCUUUCCCCGACGAGAACGAGUCCUACAACGGGUGGGUACCCCUGCUGACGAAUUUGAUACGGGAGGAGAAUGCAAAACAUAUGAAAAUACCGACCAGCAGGACCUAGAGUGGCAAGUUCAGGCAGCUCGCGUCUGUGCCAUUAUCGCACCCAUCUGUGGAGCUAUAUUGGUACUGCUGGUGCUCAUGACACAAUGCUGUUGUCCCAUUCCAUGUGCCGGACCCAUCAUCUCGGCGGGUUACACUGGGGCACAAGUGGGCACAGCCCUGGUGUGGCUCGUGCGGCGCAAUGAUCUCUGCGACAGUCUAUUGGGUGGAUGUGAAUGGGGAGAUGCUGCAUGGAUGAAUCUAGCUGCACAGAUUGUCUACAUUGUGGCAGCCUUUGCCCAUCGAUUCUUACCCGAUCCGAAACUCUUGGCCGAGACUCGGCGUGCCGACAAGGCUGAGAAUGAACUUCAGCAGCAGCAACAACAACAAAACGAAGCAAACAAUAACGAACCCGCUGUGGAAACACCUGUGGCCAACAACGAGGCUGUCAACGAACAAGUCACAAGAUUGCAGACCCAAUUGAACGAGCAGGUUCAAGCCACGGCAGCGGCAGAAGCAAAGGCAAAUACUCUACAAUCACAAUUCAGCCAACAAGCUGCAGAAUUGGAAACGCAACGAAACGCCUUGGCAGUUGCCACAGCAGCAACGUCGACGGCGGCAGCGGCCGAAGCUGCCAAGAUUCAAGAGUUGAAUCAAAAGAUUGAAGAGCAACAGAAAGAGCUCGAGCAAACCAAGCAGCAAUUACAAGAAUCGGAAGAAGAUGCCAAGCAACAAAAAACUGCACUGGCAACAGCCACCGCUGCCACAUCAACUGCAGCAGUAGCAGAAGCUGCAAAGAUCAAACAGUUGCAGGAGGAACUCGACAAAAAGGUUCAGGAAAUGGAGGAAACAAACAAGGCCAUGCAGGCCCUCCAAGAAGAAAAUGAAAAGCAAAAGGAUGCAAUGGCUACCGCAACAGCUGCAUCCACAGGGGUAGCUGCUGCAACAACAACUGCAGCAGCCGCUGAAGCUGUCAAGAUCAAAGAGUUGCAGGAGCAACUGGAAAAACAGGCACAAGAAUUGGAGGAAACAAAGAACGCAAUGAAGUCGGUCGAAGAAGAAAAUGAAAAGCAAAAGGAUGCUUUGGCUACCGCAACGGCGGCAUCCACAGGGGUAGCUGCCGCAACAACAACUGCAGCAGCCGCUGAAGCUGUCAAGAUCAAAGAGUUGCAGGAGCAACUGGAAAAACAGGCACAAGAAUUGGAGGAAACAAAGAAUGCAAUGAAGGCCGUCGAAGAGGAGAACGAGAGCCAAAAGAAUGCACUGGCAGCUGCAACAGCCAUCACAUCCACUGCAGCUGCAGCAGAAGCUCUGACGAUCAAACAACUAAGCGACCAGAUUGAACAAAAGGACAAAGAGAUUGAAGAGUUAAAGGCAGCCAGGCCGAGCCCACCCGAUGCUGACAUGGAAAGACCCGUGGAUGUUGUAGACGAUGAAAAAGUUGUCGAGGAGGAGCAGAAAGUAACAAAAGAUGACAGUGAUGAAAAACCAUACAUUGGAGCUGCUCCCACUUCCAACCCCGAUGCGGCAGAACCGGAAGGGACGCACCAAGCUACGAAUUUCGCACUUGAGAAGCAAAAGGCUGAAUUUGAAGCAAGGAUAAAGGAACUAGAGGAACAAAAUGAAGCUCAAAAGCUGGCUCUUCUCGCAGCCACAGCCGCCGCUUCCAAUGCAGAAGACCCCAAAGGCCUUCAUGAAUCUGACGAAAAGGGCGGAGAGGAGGAGGAGGACCAGGUCGAUGAUCCCAAAGACGGCAGGGAAUCCACCAAAAUGAAACAGGAAGAGGUGGCGAUAGAGCCUGCAGCAGACCCAAAGGGGGUCAGAGAGUCCAUGAUCAAGGCAGAACCUGUUGAAGACCCCGAGGGACACAGGGCAUCCAUGAGCGAACUAGAACCAGUCGAACAGGCAGAAGAUCCUAAGGGUCUGAGGGAAUCCGUGCUCUUGGCCCAGGCAAAAGAACCCGCUGAGGAUCCAUCUGGAGUUAGGACAUCAACGACUAGGGAGGCUCAACAGGAAGCAGCCGAGGAACCCAGUGGUGUUCGAGGAGAAUCAACGGGUUCAGCAGCUCAACCAUCCGACGAUCCAGCUGGGGUCAGGACAUCGAUGACUGAGACAGGACAAGCAGAGCCUGGUGAAGAUCCUCGAGGCGUUCGAGAGUCCAUGGUUUCGGCAGACCCAGCUGAGGAUCCAGCUGGGGUCAGGACAUCGAUGACUGAGACAGGACAAGCAGAGCCUGGUGAAGAUCCUCGAGGCGUUCGAGAGUCCAUGGUUUCGGCAGACCCAGCUGAGGAUCCAUCGGGUGUCAGAACAUCAAUGAUUGAGACAGCAAAAGCUGAAGCUGGCGAAGAUCCAGGAGGCGUUCGAGAAUCCACAAUGUCGACAGAAACAAGCGAGGAUCCAUCAGGCGUGAGAACAUCUAUGGUGCAGGCAACGCCGAAACAAGCCAAGGAGGAGCCGUCGUCUGGUGGCAACGAAAUAGCUGCAGAAGUCUUGCAAGAGGGACUAUCUGCUGAUACCGAGGCGACAAGAACUGAAUCCGUAGCUGCAGAACCCAUGGGCAAGAGUGAAGAAGAGCUCGGCGGGAACGAAAAUGUCGCCGCUGCAGACGACGGUGAGGCAGCUGAUCACGAUAGCGGCGGCAAGAUGGAGACGGAAAGUGCAGAUGCCUAA